CCACAGCGCUGGGGUCAUUCAGCCUGUAGGUGGCGAUAGCAGCUCGUGGCGGCUGUGCUCGUGUCCCCACGUCACUUCCACCAAAACAAAUGAGGCCAGACAGUCGGACUGACUAACCAAGGACUGUAGCUUAGUAGUAGCAUUGAGUGAAAAGUAAGAAAACACGGUCGUGCUUUCAGGAUGAACACCUCCCUGAAGCACUGGAAGGAGGCGGCCACUCUUAUUUUAGCCGCGGGCCACAGACUGGGAACGGACAGUUUAUCAUCAAGGACAGCGCUGCCAGCCGCUCCACGCUCACCUCUGGACAGCAACAGCAAUGGACGGUCACACCUGCCGCACAAGUCCUGCUUUGAUUACGACGUUUUAAUGCUCAAACGUAGCAGUAAAAGUGGAUUCAUGCCCAAUGCUUAUGUGUUUCCCGGCGGUAUGGUGGACUCCUCGGACUUUUCAAGUGACUGGCUGGACAUUUUCAAAUCUUUCAGGAACUUUCCCAGUUUUGGCUUGAGAAGUGUUAAACAGCCGGCGGACACCAGACCUCCAAUCUUCGCCACAGACCGAUUAAAAUUGGGCUCUCCUAUCCCAGGGGAGGUCGCCUUCCGGAUCUGCGCCUUGAGGGAGACAUUUGAGGAGUCUGGAGUGCUCCUGGUUGUCUCUAAAUCGGAGGAGAAGAGGUGUUCCUCUGAUCAAGUCCUGCAUAACAAAGCAAACGAGCUGUGCAGUAAUGAACUGACCAAGUGGAGGGCUCUGGUAAACCAGAACCCGUCCAACUUCAUCAGGAUGUGCAGAGAGUUGGAGGUGUUGCCAAACAUCUGGGCUCUUCACGAGUGGGGCAACUGGCUGACUCCCGCAGGCCCAUACGGAGGGACGAGGUUUGACACAGCUUUCUUCAUCUGCUGCCUGCAGGAGAUCCCACACACGCUUCAAGAUGAAAAGGAAAUAGUGCGCUUUCAGUGGUCCACACCCGCGGAGGUCCUGCAGAGCUACUGGGCACGGAAGAUGUGGAUCGCCCCUCCACAGUUCUAUGAGCUGAGCCGAAUGUGCCGCUUCCCUUUGCUGAGGGACCUCCACAACUUCUCCAGCCAACGUGCCACGGAGGGCUGCGAACAGUGGCUGCCCGUCAUCAAAAAAGAUGAGCACCCCAUAUCGCUGCUGCCAGGUGACAAACUGUACCCGUUGGACACGUCAGGAGAGGCUCAGGGGGACUCUCAGCUGGAGGAUUCUCGCCAUUCUGGACUGCACCGCAUGUUGCUCUUAGAUUCAUACACUAUAAAUCUACAGAUCACUAUCACGCCCAAGUAUAGUCAUCUGCUCCCUGUUGUAGGGCAAGCCUUUCCACAUGACUCAAACAGUCAGCCUUGACUUGUCCCAAGUCGGCAAGCAUUCUGACUUGUCAGGAAAAGCACAAGUGUUAUUGAUAGCGUGAACUGUAGCUUCCGGGAGACCUUGGUGGCCUUGUGACUACUAGCAGGGCCUGUUGGUGGACUACUUUAACUCAUGAGCCUUUCUCUCUGCUGUUCUGUUCGCUGUCUCAUUUUUUUCACCAGCGUGUAACAUUUUUUUAGAGGGUAUUGGGCAUGUAAAAUAAAGCAACACAUACAAGCUUACUAAGGGUCAGCAAACUUGCUGUUUUUUUAGUUUGUGCCCGUGACUGCUUUGUCAUGCUGUCUGGAAAGCACUGUUGUUUUACUCCAAGGUUAAGUAAAAAUUAAUGGCCCAAAAUAGCCAAUAAGCUAUAUGAUAACAUCUUUUGUUUUUGACUGUAAAGAUCAUCAUUGCAGAGACCUUAGUGGAGAUCUUAGUAUGCGGAGAUCUUGUGUGUCAUCAGAGUGUGACAUUGAGCCAACAUGUACAACACCAGGACCAUGAAAGUGAGGCAGGUAAAUGGAAUUCAGCCAUCAUUAAUAUUAGAAUGUCCGCCUUUGAUUUUCUGACUGUGACAUGUCAAAAUAUCUUCAGUGGAACAGGGAUAGGUGUUUCAUUGUAAAUGACAAACCUAGAUUUGUUAUCUUUGUAGGAAACCUGGUCUUCCUCUGACUGUAUUAAUAAGUGUUAGGGUUUCCUUGUGUUCUUCCAUCGGACUGUCACAAUCAUUGUCCUCAGGUCUAGAGAGGUCUAUCCCGACAAAUUUGUAGUUAAGAAAAAUUAAGCGAUUUCUGAUGGCCUUCUUGUACACAGGACAUCCAGAUGCUCAUUUUAUUUGCAGCACACUCUAAGUGAGGAGGCCACGGUUCAGAAGUAGUUUGUGUGGGUGUGUUUGUGUGUGUUGUGAAGGUCCCCCUCAGGAGUGCAUAUGUCAGUGGUGGAAGCACUGCAGGGCUUCCAUCCUUUCUCCUUUGGGUGCCUUCCCUGCUCGCAGCAGUGUCCUUCAUGGCAAACUGAUACCUCAUAAGAAAUAAUCUCUGUUUGUACCCGGUGUCUGACAUUUAUGAAUUCAUGCAUUAUUAAACAGUUCUACUUAUUCAUGAA